UGUUCCCCCUCGGACUGUUCCUCGGGUUGUACCGUACUACAGUCGACUUGUGUUCGUGUUUUUUUCCUCCUCUUUAGUGUAAAACCGUCGUAAAUUGUUCCGGUGUCUUUAUUCCGGUUCUGUUGCGUUCGUGCGGGCUCGGGUAAGAACGGGCCGUCGGUGUCGGUCAAUAAAACGACGUAAAAGCCGAAGAUGUCGGAGUGUGAGCCCGGAGCGUCGGUGUGUGUGAACAGCUACAUGCUACGUGUACGGUAACGGUUAAUGCGAGGGGGCUGCAUGCUAAGCUAACACACGCCAAACCCCGUCCGAGUUUUCUGGUUUUAAACAUAAUUGUAUCGAGCAGAUGUUCCCAGGCUGCGGAACCGAACCGCUCUGUUCGGGGAUUAUUAGCCGAGAUUAACGGCGGCGCUCGGCUCGAUCUCUGACACCAUGGAGCUGUGAAAACCAGUGGGAUUAACCGCGGGGCUUCGUUUCUCAUGCCCCCGCUCAACAACAGCACCUCCGCGGCUGCGUCUCUGCUCGUGUGUCGGUGUUGUGGAUCGUAAAGAACCGAAGUGAAACCGGUAAAGAUGAUGUAUUCAUCGAGAAGAAAACCCGUGCUCUACUUCAAAGAGGAGCGGAGGUUCCUGUCUGGUAAAUGUACCGUCUACAAGCUCUUUGGACUCUGCAUGGUUCUGGUGCUGGUCUCGCUGCUGUGGCUGCAGCUCAGCUGUUCCGGGGACAUGAACGAGGACAGACGUCUGUCCCGGCAGCAGCAGCAGCAGCAGCAGCAGCAGGCUCCGCCCUGUCCCGCUGACGCUCAGGCGUCCUCGGUGGACGACCUCUCCUGGGGUCCUCACAAACUGGCGCUCAUCGUCCCGUUCAGAGAGCGCUUCGAGGAGCUGCUGGUGUUUGUUCCCUUCAUGCACACGUUCCUCAACAAGAAGAAGAUCCGCCACAAGAUCAUCGUCAUCAACCAGGUGGACCACUACAGGUUCAACCGCGCGUCUCUGAUAAACGUGGGUUACCAGGAGAGCGGCAACGACACCGACUACCUGGCGAUGCACGACGUGGACCUGCUGCCGCUCAACGACGCCCUGGAUUACGGUUUCCCCGAGGACGGGCCGUUCCACGUGGCCUCGCCCGAGCUGCACCCGCUCUACCACUACAAGACCUACGUGGGAGGGAUCCUGCUGCUCACCAAGAGGCACUACCACAUGUGUAACGGGAUGUCAAACAGGUUCUGGGGCUGGGGCCGAGAAGACGACGAGUUCUACAGGCGACUGAGGAAAGCCGAGCUGCAGCUGUUCAGACCGAGUGGAAUCACCACGGGAUAUAAAACCUUCCUGCACAUCCACGACCCGGCCUGGAGGAAACGAGACCAGAAGCGAGUCGCCGCUCAGAAACAGGAGCAGUUUAAAGUGGACCCAGAGGGGGGGCUGACCAACCUGCGGUACCAGGUGGAGUCCAGACAGGAAGUGAGCAUCAGCGGCGCUCCGUGCACCGUCAUCAACACCAAACUGGAGUGUGAGCAGGACCGGACGCCCUGGUGUCUGCUGGGUUAGACCGGAUUAUGUCUGGAUUAUGUUUGUGGAGCGAACCAAACGGCACAGAGGAGUGCACGGCUUACACCGUGAACUGUGAUGGUGGAUUAAGACCUUCAGAUUAUGAAUAAUCUGUCAGAACUGUUACAUCAGAGUCUGUUACAGUGGAGACAGAAACACUGGUACUGUGAACGCAAACUUUACCUUUUAUUAUUAUUAUUAUUAUUAUUAUUAUUAGUGUUUUAUUUUAAUCUGGGAUUGUGCAAAUGGAGCAGAGAUUAUGAGACGAAACACUGAAACAUCGCGGUUUUCUUUUUACUAAACUUUGGUUAUUUGUGAUGUUUUUAAAACGAAGAGAAAAGUUUUUUUGAUAUUUUUCCCUUUUUAUUUUCUCUUUUAUGUUGAAUUUGCCAAAGAAUGAGGAUUAUUAUUAAUCUGGUGAAGGCUGGUCAGAUUAUUCCUUCUGGUCCGACUCAGUUGUGUUAGAUUAUUGUAGUUCUCUGCUGUCGUCAUGUGCUGCUCACACUCGACUGUACGACGCUGUUUAUGACAUAAAUGUGACAACAACG